GCCACCCCCUUUGCACAAACAGGCCGGGGAGAGGUGGGGGGAAUUUCCAAGCCUCAGCUCCUCGCAGUUUCCUCUCCUUGUUUUGCUUUCGAUCUGGACUCUUCUCAGCCAAAGCUGAGGGAGUAACUUUUAGUUUUGCUCCUGCGAUUAUUCAGCUGAGUGUUUUCAUUUCCAUUUUGCAUCCCCUGGCAACAGCGCUAACCUUGAGGAAUUAUAUAAAUACCGCGAAUAACACAUUAAACAAGGAGAAGAGCAGAUUGAAGAGUUACAGCUAGCACAUCUGUUUUCAAGUAACCUUCAAAGGUAACGAUGCCUGUGGAAAGAAUGCGGAUGCGUCCAUGGCUGGAAGACCAAAUAAAUUCAAACACAAUACCAGGGUUAAAAUGGCUAAAUAAGGAGAAGAAGAUUUUUCAGAUUCCCUGGAUGCAUGCUGCACGACAUGGGUGGGAUGUUGAAAAAGAUGCUCCUUUAUUUAGAAACUGGGCAAUUCACACAGGAAAAUUUCAACCAGGAGUAGAUAAACCUGAUCCAAAGACAUGGAAGGCAAACUUCCGAUGUGCUAUGAACUCCUUGCCUGAUAUAGAAGAAGUCAAAGACAAAAGUAUAAAGAAAGGAAACAAUGCCUUCAGGGUUUACAGGAUGCUACCCUUAUCCGAAAGGCCUUCCAAAAAAGGAAAGAAACCAAAGACUGAGAAGGAUGACAAAUCCAAACAAAUAAAGCAAGAACCAGUUGAGUCAUCUUUUGCAGUGACUAAUGGAAUAACUGAGGUCUCUUCUGACUACUUCCUACCCUCCACUAUAAAAAGUGAAGUUGACAGUACUGUGAACAUUGUAGUUGUAGGACAGCCCCACCUUGAUGGCAGUACUGAGGAGCAGGUGAUAGUUGCCAAUCCUCCUGAUGUUUGCCAAGUAGUAGAGGUGACAACAGAGUGUGAUGAGCAGCCCCUCAGCAUGAGUCAGCUGUACCCUCUGCAGAUCUCCCCAGUCUCUUCCUAUGCAGAAAGUGAAACGACAGACAGCGUUCCCAGUGAUGAAGAAAAUGCAGAGGGUCGGCUUCAGUGGCAAAAGAAAAACAUUGAAGGCAAACAAUAUCUGAGCAAUCUGGGUAUGAGGAACACUUCUCAUAUUCUUCCCAGUAUGGCUACCUUUGUGACUUCCAACAAGCCUGACCUCCAGGUCACCAUCAAAGAAGAAAGCUCCCCACUGCCUUACAACAGCUCCUGGCCCCCCUUCCCAGCUAUCCCUCUCCCACAAGUAGUGUCUUCAGCUUCUGCCAGCAGCAGCAGGCCAGACCAUGAGACACGGGCUAGUGUCAUCAAGAAAACAUCAGACAUCACCCAGUCGAGAGUCAAGAGCUGCUAAGCCUCUGACUGUGUCUCUUUAGUUUUGAGUUGUUUUUAUAUUUUAUGUUUCUCUAGAGGAGGUGCAACUCUGACGCACAUUAGACAAAUCUAAGAGUGAGCCUUGACAAUAUAGAACAUUGUGUGUCCGACUCCAGUACUGGAGCUUUUUAACUCAGGACUCCAGCCAUCAGUAUGUGUACCUGAAACCAGAUGGAUUUCCACAGUUACUGCAUAGGAAAAACAGAACUUUGGCCCACUUAUAUAAGUUCCAGUACUUCAUAAGAGGACCAACCACCACAAGGGAAGUGGUGUUGCUGCACUUCUUGCAGUCAAGGCUGUGAUGGAACUGAAAGCCUCAGAAUGGAAGAGAAAAUGUGAACUAGCUGGAAUUUUUUUUUAAAUAAAAAAAUCUAUUGUGAAUAUGUACAUAGUGCAGUACUAGCAACGUUGCAGUCUGCUUCUGCACCUUAUUAAAAAGCACUUACGAAAAGGCCUUUUAUUACCUUGCUCUAAUUAAUGGCACAUUCAAAGCUCCCUCCCAUCUUUAUUCUUUUCCCAGGCUAGUCUUGCUAACAAGUCUUGAGAAGUAGGGAAAGAAAAGGAAGGUAAACCUUCCUAUAUGGAUUUCACACAUUGUAAGACUGCUUUUCUCGUGUUUGUUUCUAAUCUGCUAUGCUUGAAUGCCGCGUGGUACAAUAGGAAGAAAAAUAUUACAGAGAUAUUAUGCAAAUUCCCAGAUUUCAAGAAGAAAAAAAUACUCUAAUUCUAACCAGAGCAAGCUUUUUUAUUUUUUAUACAGGGGAAUAUUUUAUUCAAAAUAAAAUUCUAAAGUGUAUCUAAUUGUUUUUUUUAAUCUUUUCUACAGCAAAUUUAUAAUUUUAAGAUUCAGUUCUUGGUGGGUUAUCAGCAGUUAUUACAUCCUUGUGGCACAUUUUUUUAAUUUUGUAAAGGUGAAAUAGCUUUUAUGAGCUCAUGUAGCAAUCAAAUUAUCCUGUGGAUUGAUAAUAAAUAUGAUAUAGAGUUAAAUUUUUAAUAA